GAGCACUUCGAUUUAAAGCGCACGCUUCAGGCUUAUGUCAGCGCAGCCGUGUACCGGGGUGACCAGUUAGAGGACACGAUGGAGAAGUGGAAUACCUAGCGAGCUAGCAGGAUCUGUGUGGAAAUGAGAUUAUUCAGCAUCUCAUGCCAGCAAUUUCUCAGGGAAGACUUGACACAUUAGCUCCAGCCUAACUAGUUUGACGUUACUUUAUCCAGGCAUCUUGAACGCGACUUGCGGAAAACAAACAUGUUGAAAAACAAUCGAAACAUAAAAUAUAUGCUAAGUCUGGUACCCGGCAAACGGCGCUUUGGAACAUACAGAUUUCUGCCGUUCUUCUUCUGUCUGGGAGGAGUGAUGGAGUGGAUUAUGAUCAACGUGAGAAUAGGAAAGGAGACAUUCUAUGAUGUGUACCGCAGAAAGCGGUCUGAAAGGGAGUACCAGCAGAAAGUCGAUGACGGAUUGAUCGCCUUCACGGAAUCGGCUGCAAAGUGAAAGUGUCAUGGGCUCCGGUGGAAUAAAGAACUCUUCUCACAGUCUGACGUGACCGGGAAUAAUGGUGGCUGAAUGAUUGAAAAGACAUUUUUAAACCUUUUUAAUCAUGUUACACGUGAAAACAACUAUGUGCUUUGGGUGCUUCUAAACACAUUGUGUGUCAUUUUGGACUAUAAAAUGGACAAAAAAUAAAACAAGUAUGAGGUAAAUUAGAAAAUCUUAUGUCAGUUGGCUGAAGAAAAAACAUUUACCCACUGAAUGUGUUUGUGUGUU